AUGGGGAUUACAAGUCUAACCAAGUACAUGGAUUCUCUUCCCCUGCACUGGAAGAGUACAAUUGUCUCUCGAUGCCCAAUAGUACUUGAUGGCCUUAGUUUCCCUUAUCAAUUACUUGGUGAUUUUGAUUGGAAGUUUGGUGGUCAGUAUCCUGGAAUGCGAGACUCUUUGGAAAAUCUCAUUAACACGUUACUGGCCCAACAUGUAAGCCCCAUACACGUGGUCUUUCAUGGCAUCAGACAAACAGAUAAAAUGGAUCUGCUCCUGCUUAGGAGACAAGUUGUCCAAGACACAAUAUGGAAAGUUCAGCUUGAAGAAGAAGUUGAACCAUAUCAUGCAAGUGGUGUACAUUCACUAUUGAUGUUGCACACAUUUCUUAAAUUACUUCACAAUUACCAAAGCGACGAAGUUAGGGUGUAUCCUGCAGAUGGAGACCAUACUCACCUUGCAGUUUCUCUAGCAAAUGCAUAUGACUGCUAUCUAGUUGGGGAAAAUUCUGAUUAUUUCAUCACACCACUUCAGAAGGGAUACAUACCUUUAUCUAAACUUGCAUGGAAUCAGCCAGGUUCUCCUGUCAUAGGAAGAGUAUUCAAGAGAGAUAGUUUUAUUGCCAGUCUAAAUAUUGAGCCUGAUCUUAUCUAUGCCAUUCCUGCUUUUCUUGGAAAUGAUACCCUACCUAAUCUGGUAGAGGAAACAAAGCUCAAAAGUUUGGUUAGGGAUAAUCCACGCUAUCGUGGAAAAGAUUUACAAUUGACAAUCAAAUUUCUUGAAAAGUGUCAUAGGCUGACUGACUUAAAGCAUCAGAUAUCAUCACUUGAUGAUGGCGGAGAAGCACUCCAAAAGUUUGAGCAGAGCUUUGAGAAAGCGAGGCAAAAGUAUGACAUUAAAAGUCCUUUUAAUUACGAGGAAUUCAAGAAGUCUAUUGCUUUUCGAUCUGAUAAUUGGAGAUCCAUACCACCUUGGAUUGUUCAGCAAUAUAAAGAUUACAUGUUUUCACCUUCAUUGCUAGAACUUUUUAUCAAAGGAGUCAAUUUUCUUCGUGUUGUUCCAGACGAUUGUACAACAUGGUCAAAACCAGCUAGCAUGAUCAUCAGUAGGCCAAUAAGGCUAGUUAUUUAUGCCCUUCUGAUUGAGGGAAGUCAUGUCACAGAAAUUAUCAGGCAAGGAUCAAAGCUAAUAGAAGAUCAAAUACAUCUAUCAGGUCACAGUGACCCAAUGGAGAUAGAAGAAAUGAAAUUGGAGCCAAAGGAGAAACGACGUAACAGAAUAUACGAAAUAUUGAUGUGCAGUUCUCAUGCUCUGUCUUUGCUUGAAGAAGAAUGGCACUUACCAGUUGCUUCUGUCAUCUUUUGGGCAAAAUCGGCUGCUAUACCAAGAGGCGACAUUUAUUUAAGUGCAAUUGUCCUGUCCUUUGCUGAAUGCUUUUAUAAAUCUGCUGCCCCAUGCACUCCAGCCUUUAGUCUAGAAGCUCUUCAUCUUUAUGCUCAGUGGCAGUGUGUCUAUCAUGAUGCUAUACUGCUUAACCAAGUAUUGGCUCUACCACUGCCCUAUCUGUCACCUGCUGACUUGUUUGAUGGUAAACUUGUCACGUAUUAUUCACAAAAGAGCAACGAUGAGUUUGACAUGAUUCUUGCUAACACCAGCAGGGAAAUUUUGCAACUCUACACAAAGAUUCUUAAAGCUGUCUACGACAAUAUUUGA